CCGAUACGCCAACGCGCACUCCCCACGUAUCCAUCCUAUUCCCCUGCACCUUUCCCCUUCGGCUUCGGCGACCGCCCGCCCCAUGACGAGCUCCUCCUCCCCUUCCCGGAAGAUGCUGAGCAAGAUCGCCUGCAAUCGGCUCCAGAAGGAGCUCGCCGAGUGGCAGGCCAGCCCUCCCGGCGGCUUCAACUACAAGGUCUCCGACAACCUCCAGAGGUGGGUCAUCGAGGUGUCCGGCGCGGAGGGGACGCUCUAUGCUGGCGAGAAGUACCAGCUGCAGGUGGACUUCCCGGAGCAUUAUCCCAUGGAGGCUCCGCAGGUUAUUUUCAUGAAUCCGGCGCCGAUGCAUCCGCAUAUUUACAGCAACGGGCACAUCUGUCUAGAUAUAUUGUAUGACUCAUGGUCGCCAGCAAUGACAGUCAGUUCUGUAUGCAUCAGCAUCUUGUCUAUGUUGUCAAGUUCACCUGCGAAGGAACGCCCGGCUGAUAAUGACCGCUAUGUGAGGAACUGCCGCAACGGGAGGUCUCCGAAGGAGACCAGGUGGUGGUUCCAUGAUGACAAAGUGUGAUGAGUUCCAACUGUGGCUUCUCCCGGCAGCAGUUCUUACACAUGAGCCCACCAUAGUAUGGCGUUCAUCUUUCAUGAAGGAUUAUUUAGGCAAAUAUUCCAAGCCAUCUAUUUGAUGGCAAACUAACAUGCCCAAGUGGUUUUGUACAUGAAAGUGCACCUGUAUCAUUUUCCGUACUUAUGAACUACUCCGUAUUAUCCCUUUGAUAUAUGAAGUAAUCAAGCUUGCAUCU